AUGUUAGCGCGUUCUCACGUCCGGAAGUGUGUCGGGAGGGACGGGGCGUGGUUGGAUUGAGCCGCGGCGGCGGCCCCGGGCAGUGGGUUCUCCGACGUGGACAGCAGUAGCUACCGAGGAGCGGUGGGGCGAUGGCGGCGGCUAGCGCGGAACUGCAGGGGAAGUACCAGAAACUGGCUCAGGAGUAUUCGAAGCUUCGAGCUCAGAAUCAGGUGCUGAAAAAAGGUGUCGUGGAUGAGCAAGCAAAUUCUGCUUCUCUGAAGGAACAACUGAAGAUGAAGGACCAAUCAUUGAGAAAACUGCAACAAGAAAUGGACAGUUUGACAUUUCGAAAUCAACAGCUUGCAAAGAGGGUGGAACUGCUUCAGGAUGAACUUGCCUUAAGUGAAGCCAAGGGCAAGAAGAACAAGAAAAGUGGAGAAUCUUCAUCUCAGUUGAGUCAAGAGCAGAAGAGUGUCUUUGAUGAAGAUCUUCAAAAGAAGAUAGAGGAGAAUGAAAGAUUACAUAUACAAUUCUUUGAAGCAGAUGAGCAGCACAAACGUUUGGAAGCUGAGCUGAAAAAUAGACUUGAGGUUUUGGAAACAGAUGCUGCCCAGCAUCAAGCAGUGGUGGAUAGUUUAACCCGGAAAUACACUGAUACCAUAGAAAAACUGCAGAAUGAUAAAACCAAAUUAGAAAUCAAGUCUCAGACACUAGAAAGAGAAGCUAAGGAAUGUAGAUUUCGAGCGGAAGAAUGUCAGCAGCAGUUAAAGAACCUUCAUGCAGAUUUGGGUAGGCGAUUGGAUGACUCUUUAUGCAUAAUCAAUGAAAAAGUACCUUUCAAUGACACAAGAUCUAGUCAAUAUAAUGCUCUUAAUGUACCAUUACACAAUAGAAGAUGUCAGCUGAAGUUGCGGGACAUUGCUGGUCAGGCUUUGGCUUUCGUUCAGGAUCUUGUGACAGCACUUCUGAACUUUCAUACUUACAUGGAACAGAGAGUCCAGAUUUUUCCCAUUGAUUCUGCCACUGAUACUAUAUCGCCAUUAAAUCAGAAGUUCUCACAGUAUCUUCAUGAAAAUGCAUCCUAUGUCCGUCCUUUGGAGGAAGGAAUGCUUCACUUGUUUGAGAGUAUUACAGAAGAUACGGUGACUGUGCUGGAAACAACUGUGAAAUUGAAGGUCUUUUCUGAACAUUUAGCUUCCUACACAUGUUUUCUCAGGAAGAUUCUUCCUUAUCAGUUAAAAAGUUUGGAAGAAGAGUGUGAAUCUUCUCUUUGCACAGCUGCUUUAAGAGCCAGGAAUCUGGAGCUCCACAAUGAUAUGAAGAAGAUUACUGCAGUCUUUGAGAAGUUACACGUAUACAUUAGUCUUAUUGUCUUACCAAGUAUAAAACCAGAAGGGCUGCUUCGGAGAAAUUACAGUUCAGUAUUCACACACGUUGCUGCAGGUCUUCAUGGAUUUCAUAAUGUUAUGAAAGAAAUUUCCAAGCACUACAGUCAGAAAGCUGCCUUAGAACACGAGCUUCCAACAGCCACACAGAAACUUAUAACAACAAAUGACUGCAUCUUGUCCUCGGUAGUGGCUUUAACAAAUGGAGCAGGCAAGAUUGCCUCAUUCUUUAGCAACAACUUAGACCACUUCACGGCUUCAUUGAGCUGUGGGCCUAAGGGAGGGACAGAGUUCAUCAGCCCUCUAUCAGCUGAAUGUAUGCUCCAGUACAAGAAGAAAGCAGUUGCCUACAUGAAAUCUUUAAAGAAGCCCUAUUCAGAUUCAGUGCCUUAUGAAGAGGCUUUGGCCAAUCGCAGAGUUCUUCUGAGUUCCACAGAAAGUAGAGAAGGUCUUGCACAACAGGUCCAGCAAAGUUUGGAGAAGAUUGCAAAACUGGAGCAGGAAAAGGAACAUUGGAUGCUUGAGGCCCAGCUAGCCAAAAUUAAGUUAGAGAGAGAAAACCAGAAGCUAAAGAGCUCACUUAGUGGACAGUUGAUUGAGCCUAUGCCAGAAAAUUCUGUUCUGCUGAAUGCAGCCGAACGAGAGAAAGAAGAAGCCAUAAAAAAGACUUCAAGGAAGCCUGUUAAAAGAAUGAGUCUGAUUGGAAUGUUGACCAUGACCACUGACAACAAAGAGGCUCCAGAGGCUAAGUCCCGUGAAGACUUGAUAAAAAAUCACUAUAUGGCAAGGAUAGUAGAACUUACGUCUCUUCUACAGCUGGCUGACAGCAAGUCAGUACAUUUUCAUGCUGAGUGCCGAGCGCUUGCCAAAAGAUUAUCAUUAGCUGAGAAGUCUAAGGAAUCACUAGUGGAGGAGAUGAAAUUAGCUAGUCAAAGCAUCAGUAGAUUACAGGAUGAGUUGACAACCACCAAAAGAAGCUAUGAAGAUCAGCUAAGUAUGAUGAGUGACCAUCUGUGCAGCAUGAAUGAAACCUUAUCUAAACAAAGGGAAGAAAUUGAUACACUAAAAAUGAGUAAGGGAAAUUCCAGAAAGAACAAAAGUCGAUAGUUUACGGCCAAUCAACUGUCUUUCAGAUGUUGCUACUGCUACACAGAAUUGCAGAUGCUGAAAAUUCAAUGUCACCCUCUUGGCUAGUUCUUAAAAGGAAACAGAGGUGGGUUUGGCCUAGUAAUAAGUCAUUUGGUGCUGUAUAUGAAUUUGACACAUUUAGAACUUGUAAUCAGUAAAACAGACAGAAUUUAAUGUUGGCAGUUAAAACAAAGAAUUUUCACUCAUGGUUAACUUGCAUCGGAAUUCCCUUAGGUUGUUUUUACUGUACACUUUUUGAAAUUAGAUUUUAAUGUAAUCUAAUUAAGAUUAUGUAUAUUUUCAAAUUCAAGUAUGGGUUAAACUUGGUAGCCGUGCGAUAGUGUGUUUCUGGAUAAAAUGUUUAAACUGUCAACAUUCAUACAUUCCAUUCUUUGCUGUUCUUAAAAAAAAAAAAAAAAAAAAAAGUGUCUCAAGAUUCAUUUGAAAAUGUAACAUUUUUGGCCAUGCAAGCUGUGCAUUUUGUGUACAUUUAUUGUUUCCUCCUGCUCUCAGAUCUUCUGAAUUAGUUGGGAUGGUUGCUUAGGGAACCUGAUGUCAAUAAAUUCAAACUUAAAGUGAACUGGCUCAGUCUUGUUUGGGGUAUAUGCAAUAUUGGAAACUUCAGUUUCUCAUACUUGGGGGCUUGGGUUUUGAACUCAAGAGGACAAGUAGCUCAAUCAAGAAAUGCUCAUGAAAUUGCAUUAAAGACUUGUUGGGGAAUUUUGUUUGUAUUUUAAAAUGUGCUGGUAUAAAAAUUUGCUCAUAAAAUCUAGAGCAAAAAGUGACCAUAAAAUGUUGAAAGGGAACAAAGAUAUUUUUUGUAAAGUCCGCUGUCUCAGCAGUGUAACAGCACACAGGGUAGGCUGAUCUACUACUCUCUAGAAGUUAUUAAUUCACAGAUGACUUAAACACUGAAUUUGUAAAGCAGUUAAAACAUUUUAUGGUAUUAUGAAGAAGUUUCCCUAAUGGACUGACUUUUAAAAAAAAAAUCUGUUUUUUAUUGUUUACUCAUAAUUAUAAUUUAUUUAGGAAGCCUGUAAAUCUCUCUCUCAUAAGAUUUUCAGCACAGUCUAAUACCACAAGUAGAGGUGGGCAUGAAACGAUUUUCCCAUCCCUUAACUAUUUUCAUGAGUUAGCAUUGAGACGAAGCUGAGAUCUUUUGAUAAAUGAGAGGCCAGCCACACCCUAGAACAACCCGGUUGUUAGUGCAUUCAUGUGAGCAGGGGAAGACCUGGGUUCAAGUUUCUGCUCCAAAUCAGGCACAGCAAGGAUUUUGACCUGGGUCUCCCACAUCCCAGAUGAGUUCCCAACCCACCAGGCAGUUGGCUAUUUUGGAAUGUGGUUGAUCUCUCUCCUGUUGGAGCUUUUCCACUUUGAAUAAACAUUGGGCCAGAGAAAGUGACACUGACUCUCUAGCUCAGUGAUUAUGGCUCCCACUUGGCAAGUGGGAGAAUCGGGUUCAAGUCCCUGCUCUAAUGAAUAUUUAUUUAUGCCAAGUGGAAAAGGAAAGAUUGAGACCUCAAAACCCAGAAUAGCAAUGAACUGUUUUGAUGAAUUGGCAUUUCCCAGUGAAAAAACAUUGUCAAAUUUCCGACCAGCUCUAACCAUAGGUUUCCACAGCAUAGUGUCUGACAAAAAUCAGUGUUGCUAAAUGUUUUACAUUGAACUUCUAUUCCAUAAUGGAUUAUAUGGCACUUAUCUGUCCUAAAUGCAAGAUUCACUCUGUAAUGUUAGCCAAGUCAAUGUGUAUUGAGUCCAUAAUAAAAAAAA